AUGAGGCGUCGCCCUUCCAGGCUGUAUCAGCGGCGACCAGUACAGACAAGUGAAUCUGUAUCUUCGCUUUCUCAGUCCCAACAGGAAUCCCCAGUCUUUGGAGCCUCACAGAUCAACUCGUGGUCGCAGCAGAACUCGCUUCAGCUAGCGCAGGCAUCGCCAGAGGGUUCAGAGUUGGAGAAUUUGAGCUCGCGAACUAGUCAACCACGAGAUCCGUCAACGGAGACAGAAGUCUCGCAACCUGCGCCCGAAGGCGUUAGCGAAGAGCCGUUUGCGUGGACAACACGCGCAGCUGAUGCUCUUCUUAGAGUUCGUUUCGAGUCAAUGGCGUAUCGGUUCGGUGGUGCAAAGAGCUCCGCUCAGCUAAGAGCAGCCUGGAUCAUGGUUGCAGCUGAAGUUUCUCGUCUUGGUGGCAUAGUGAUUAAAUACAUGCAGAAACAGUAUACAGAAUAUCGCGUUGAUCAAUGUGACACCGGCAGCAGAACUGAGAUUUCCCUUCGAGAGCCUGCCUGCUACGGGACAAUGUGUGAGGUGUGGGGAAAUAUGACAGGCAUGCAAAGUGAAGCUUUCUAUUCAAGUGAUACACGUCUACAACAACAGCCGGCGCCUGAUAAUACUGCGGAAAACGCUGCAGACAACACUGGCAAUACGGAGGGACUAAAUAGCUCGUCAGGGCAAGAUGAAGCGGGUAUAGGGCGACAGAGAACAGGUAGUGACACGUCGUCAAGCGAUCGUCGUCAAGGCUGGCGAGCUAAUCGCCCAUCAAAGCGUCACAAAACUGUGACACUGGCGGAAGGCAUGCUUGCCGAACAUGACGGCAUGCUGGAAAUUGCAGAAGCCUUUACAGCUUCAAAAGCACCUGCUCCACCAGCCACUACGAACACUAACAAUGCGAUUUUGCAGUCGCUGCAUACAUUGACGGAAAGUGUUCAGGCGCAAACAAAUAUACUCACUCAAUUAGUCCACCUGGUCACUGCAGCAAACACCGAUACCAGAAACCAACAACACCCGAGCCUGAACAAUAACACUUCAACGCAGCAAAGUUAA